AUGCUAUAAUCUCUAAAUAAAUUGAAAUUGUAGCUCAGAGCAGAAAUUGAAAUUCUUAAAAUGUGUUUGGAUAAGGGAAAGUCAACAACGAUGGUAUAAAUGAUUGAUAAGAAUAAAUAACGAUUGGAAUAGGAUGGAAAACAAUUGGAACUAAUAAUAAAAAGAUUAGAGGAAGGAAAUCAGUUAACCUUAAAUGAGAAGGAUAAAUUGGACACUUUAAAAUUGAAUAUCAGCAAGGUAUUGAUACAAAAUGAAAAAAUUUACAAUUCGGAUGAGUAAUUCAAAGAUUUAAUUUCAAAAGUUCCCAGAAUAAAAGACGAUUAAAGUUAGAAUCAAUCAUUCCAAUAAAGCAAGAAGGAAGAGUCCUCCAUUUAAAUUAAAUCUGCUAUUAAAACAAUAUAAUAAACAACAUAAGAAUAAUAACAACCAUAAGAAGUUUAUCAAUAAUAUCAGAUAGUAAGAAAUAAUGUGGAUAAUUUGAUUUCUGAAAUCUCUAAUUUAAAUUUACGAGUUGAUAAUCAUAAACAUACUGACUUGCAAUAAUAAAUUGAUAAAUUGAAAUUAGAAAAUGCAAAGAUGCAAGCCAAUUUUAAAUUACUCAAAUAAGACAAUACUGAAUUGUUCUUUAUUAAUAAUGAUAUCAAAAAAUUGAUUUAAUAGAUUGAGAUGGAUAAUGAGGAGAUCAUUAAAUCUAUGAAUAUCUUAAGAGAAUAGAGCAAACCGAUGAGUAAUCCCUAAUCCAGAUUAUCUAAUUAUUAUAUCCCUUAUGAUGAAACUAAAGCAUAAGAGGCAGAUGAAAUUAUGAAUAGAUUAAAGUAAAAUUGA